CCACGACACUGUGCUGGUUGGCGUCCCGUCUGGGUCAGUCAGCAUCGCCGCUCUUGCUCAGCUCAAAAUCACCCGUGCUCAGUGAUGCUCAGGAUUCAAAUCACCUCUACCACCCCCCCCGACGGGACGCACGCCAACCGUCCACUCAAAACCAACAUCGCCUCGCCCUUCCUCGAACUUCGUCAACUUUACGCGACUCUCACCAUGGACGGGGUUUCGGCCGCGGCAGCCAGAAAACGGAACAGGAGUAGGAUGCGCAGGGGACCUGGCUUCUGGCACCCUCCAUCCCCUCGAUGGCUGGGUGAGGGCGCCCGUUGCUUGGCUUCCGUGAUACAGUUGUCGCCCAGCUGUUGGUAGGAGCAGUAGCUACUGCUUCUGAUAGUCUUGCUCCUAGGGAAACGGCACUCCGAUCCCGUGGUUAUAACGGGCCAGAACACUCGCUUUAUGAAGGAUUGGGGCCGAUGCCUCUCAUCUGUAACGCCAUGCUCCCGAU